AUGGCAGCUCGACAAUCAUCACCAACUUCGGAGCAUUCCCAUUCGGACAGCAAUGUCCGCAAGAGAGUAUGCAAGGCUUGCGAUCGGUGUCGCUUGAAGAAAUCAAAGUGUGAUGGAUCCAGUCCAUGUUCGCGGUGUCGCGCAGAUAAUGCCAUCUGUGUCUUUGGAGAGCGCAAGAAGGCGCACGAUAAAGUGUACCCCAAGGGAUAUGUGGAAAUGCUCGAACAGCAACAAGCAUGGCUAGUCCACGGUCUCCAAGAAUUAUAUCGACGGAACAUCGAAGGUGAAGGGUGGCCCGGCGAACAACUCAAACUCGAACCCAACGGUCACCCCUUGACGCACGACCUCCUCAUGCGCCUCGGUGCCCUCGACAGUAGCAAGGGUGAGCGUUUCGAAGAGAACCCCGAAACCCUCCAGCAAGAUCUAUGGCACACCAACUCCGGCAUGCAACGACAAGAAUCAUCCGACGGUGGCUCCGAUAGUCCUCAAUCGCCUGCCCGCUCCCGUUUCUCAUCCGAUGCCUUCUCCCAGCACACCAUGCCCCCGACCCCACCAACGUAUAGCCCGUCCACACGCGCGCAUAUCAAACCCGAGCCACCUCAGAUGCCCAGCACCCCGCAAUUUGCCCAGGCCAUGUCUAUGCAAGGGGUGGUGAACCCGCUCGCUCUGCAGGGCUCGCAACCAUGGCCUAAUAAUGGGUUCAAUCCGUUCGAUGAAAUGGAUAUGAUGUCCACCGCGGAUUACUCAAAUAUGAACUUUGACGAUCAACAAUUGUCUUCGCCGAUGUUCAACCGCCAGGUCCCUAUGAACUGCUUGUCUCAGAAUGAUUACGACGAUUUCAACCAGUUCCUCAACCCGAACCCUACGGAGAUCACAUCGAUUUAA